AUGGCGGUGCGACAGACGCUGGGCCGGGGCCUGCAGCUGGGUCGGGCGCUGCUGCUGCGCUUCACGGCCAAGCCAGGCCCGGCCUACGGCUGGGGGCGGCCCGAGCGGCCGGGCCCCGCGGCGGGCUGGGGCCGCGGAGAGCGCCCGGGCCAGAACGCGGGACCCGGCGCGGAACCGCGCAGGCUCGGGCUCGGGCUCCCCGACCGCUACCGCUUCUUCCGCCAGUCGGUGGGCGGCCUGGCGGCGCGGCUCCAGCGGCAGUUCGCGGUGCGAGCCCGGGGCGGCGCGGGCCCCUGCGGCCGGGCCGUCUUUCUGGCCUUCGGGCUGGGCCUGGGCCUCAUCGAGGAGAAGCAGGCAGAGGGCCGGCGGGCGGCCUCGGCCUGUCAGGAGAUCCAGGCAAUUUUUACCCAGAAAAACAAGCUGCUACCUGACCCGCUGGACACUAGACGCUGGCAGGGCUUCCGGCUGGAGGAGUAUCUGAUAGGGCAGUCCAUUGGCAAGGGCUGCAGUGCUGCUGUGUAUGAAGCCACCGUGCCUGUGUUGCCUCAGAACCUGGAGGUGGCCAAGAGCAUCGGGCCUCUUCCAGGGACAGGCCCAGAUAUCACUCUACGAGGAGAAGAGGAGCGAGCUCCACGGGCCCCUGCCUUCCCCUUAGCCAUCAAGAUGAUGUGGAACAUCUCGGCGGGCUCCUCCAGCGAAGCCAUCUUCAGCACAAUGAGCCAGGAGCUAGUCCCAGCUAGUCGAGUGGCCUUGGCCGGGGAGUAUGGGGCAGUCUCUUACAGAAAAUCCAAGGGAGGUCCCAAGCAACUGGCCCCUCACCCCAACAUCAUCCGGGUCGUCCGCGCCUUCACCUCACCUGUCCCACUGCUGCCAGGGGCCCUGGUCGACUACCCUGAUGUGCUGCCCCCACGUCUUCACCCCGAAGGCCUGGGCCACGGGCGGACGCUUUUCCUCGUUAUGAAGAACUACCCCUGUACCCUGCGCCAGUACCUGCGUGUGAACACUCCAAGCCCCCGCCUGGCCACCGUGAUGACCUUGCAGCUCUUGGAAGGCGUGGAUCAUCUGGUGCAGCAGGGCGUCGCACACAGAGACUUAAAGUCCGAUAACAUUCUCGUGGAGCUGGACACAGACGGCUGCCCCUGGUUGGUGAUCACAGAUUUUGGUUGCUGCCUGGCUGAUGAGCGCAUCGGCCUGCGGUUGCCUUUCACCAGCUGCUAUGUGGAUCGGGGCGGAAACAGCUGCCUGAUGGCUCCUGAGGUGUCCACGGCCUGCCCUGGCCCCAGGGCGGUGAUUGACUACAGCAAGGCUGAUGCCUGGGCAGUGGGAGCGCUCGCCUACGAAAUCUUCGGGCUCCCCAAUCCCUUUUACAGCCGGGGCAGGGCCCCCCUUGAAAGCCGCAGUUACCAAGAAGCUCAGCUGCCCGCGAUGCCCGAGUCGGUGCCUCGAGACGUGAGACAGCUGGUGAGGGCGCUGCUCCAGCGAGAGGCCAGCGAGAGACCGUCUGCCCGAGUAGCUGCUAAUGUGCUUCAUUUGAGCCUCUGGGGUGAACAUACUCUAGCCCUGAAGAAUCUGAAACUAGACAAGAUGAUCGGCUGGCUCCUCCAACAGUCAGCUGCCACUUUGCUGGCCGACAGGCUCACAGAGAAGAGCUGUGUGGAAACAAAAAUGAAGAUGUUAUUUCUGGCCAACCUGGAGUAUGAAGCGCUGUGCCAGGCAGCCCUCCUCCUCUACUCCUGGAGGGCAGCCCCGUGAUGGCCCUGAUGUAGCUGGUGCAUUACUAAAGAACUUAGCAUCUGUGUCUGAUGGUCUGUGAAUGCUGAGGGAGGGGCUACUAGGUGAGGGGGGAGGUCAGGAGAAAAGAUGGCGCAGAGAGGGCUGAUCAACAAAAGAGAAGGCCACAGGUGUGGCAAAUGGAAGGAACAAUUUGAGUCAGACUUCACGGGCUGUAGCUACUAACUCUGGCUGUGUGAUUUUGGAUGAACAUAUACCCUGUGUGGACUAAAGUUCGCUUACCUAUAAAAUGAAGACACGGGUCUAAAUAAGAGUCAGCAAACUUUUCCCGUAGAAGGCCAGAGAGUAAAUGCUUCAGGCUGUCGCUGCUACUCAACUCUGUCACUGCAGCACGAAAGCAGCCUUAAAUACGUAAACCAACAAGCAUGGCCAUGCACCAACAAAGCUUUAUCUAUGGACACUGAAAUGAAUUUCAUGUGUCACUAAAUAUUUUUAAUUUUUCAAUCAUUUUGGAAACGUAAAAACCAUUUUUAGCUUGCUGGCCAUACAAAAACAGGCAGCAGGCUGGAUUGGCCCACAGGCCAGAGUUUGCCAACCCCUGGUCUAAAUGAAUUCAAAGGGCCUAAUUCUAAAAAGAUAUGCUGACCAAUCAGGAGGCCCCUUGGUGUGUCAAUGCUAAAAAUGAGGUGAGAGCUCUGUGUGCAAAUCCACAGGAGUGAGUUCUCAGCACCAGGUGAGAAGACACGCUCAGGUGUUAACCACUGACCAAAAAGCCCAGCCUUAAGUGCAUGUUCUCUUAAGCUCGUGCACAGACCUCUGCCAAGUUAGUGGCCAAGCUGGUCUGGGCUGAGGAGGGUUAGACCUGUGCUCUACAUGAGAGAGGACCCAGGUCUAGGCAGUGGCUGUUAGUGGUAGAGUGUGACUAUGACAUUUGCCCCUAGCUCCAGGAAUGAACCGUGGCUCGUUUCAAAGAGGCAGCCAUGACAUCAGUCUGCAUGUUACCUGAGCUAAAGCACACAUUUGCACAGGUCAAUAUAUUCAGGUAGCAGAAUGAAAAAACAUCCAAGUGAGGCCUGAGAAGUAGGGAGCCUCUGCACUUGGGUUAUGCAUUCUUGAACAGCUUUGGGGGUGUUUUUGAGGAAGAAUUUCCAUGGAGCUCCUCCAGCUACUAAAAUGAGUCUAGCAGAGCUAAAAUAACUGAGGAAAUGGAAAUUAACAGUGUAGUGUUUUAAACUUGGUAAUUUCCCUUUUGACUAGCAUUUCCUACAGGAAUCGUGAAGAAUUAAAUGCAAAUAUACAACUGCAGAAUAUGUAUGUGCCUUGAACUGAAUAUUUGGCUUUAAGAGUGAUUCUUAUACCAUAAAGACAAGAAAAUCUUGUGGGCAGAGAUCAACAACGGGGAAGGGAUUUCACAUAUAAUUUCACACCUGCUCUUUAGGACCGCAACUAUGGCUUGAGCAAGGUGAACAUAUACUUAAGGUUCUUUUCAACCAAGCAAUUCUGUAAUUCUGUUAUAAAGUCAAGUGCUGGGACCCUAGGUUUCCCAUUUCAGUGA